UUUCAAAAAAAAUAUUUCUGUUGGAUUUUGAAAUUUAUUGAGAGGGAUGAAAAGUAUGUUGCAGUGAACACCCUUUGACUGCCUUACAUUGCACCCCUCCUCUCUCCCCUCUCUUUUAUAUUUGUUUUUUUCCUUUCAAACACACAAACAGCCUUCUACUUAUUUUCUGUGGCUUAUCUUCUCAUCCUUUUCUCACAAAAAUCACUUCUUUUCUUCCUCUACACUCUUUUCAAACCCAAAAAAAAAAAAUUUAAAAAAAUAAAAAUAAAAAUUGAAGCUUUUUCCCAUUUUUUGAUGCUUCUUUAGUACUCAAAACAAACUUCCUGAAAUUUCUCAUAUAUAUUGUUUCUGUAGAUAAAGAGAGCUACUGUUAAAACUUUAAACCCUUUAACUUGUCAUUAAUUGCUCUGGAAAGAAAAUGAGUGCUUCAAAGUUCAUUAAAUGUGUUACUGUUGGUGAUGGAGCUGUGGGUAAAACUUGUAUGCUCAUUUGUUACACUAGUAACAAGUUUCCUACUGAUUAUAUACCUACAGUAUUUGAUAAUUUCAGUGCUAAUGUGGCUGUUGAUGGAAGCAUUGUUAACUUGGGAUUAUGGGAUACUGCUGGUCAGGAAGAUUAUAGUAGGUUAAGGCCAUUGAGUUACAGAGGUGCAGACAUAUUUGUGUUGGCUUUUUCUUUAAUUAGCAGGGCAAGUUAUGAAAAUGUUCUUAAGAAGUGGAUGCCUGAACUUCGUCGGUUCGCACCCAAUGUUCCGAUUGUACUUGUUGGAACUAAACUAGAUCUUAGGGAAGAAAGAGGAUAUGCUGAUCCUACCGGAUCGAAUAUCAUAAGCCCUGCUCAAGGAGAAGAAUUGCGGAAGCAAAUUGGUGCUGCGGCUUACAUUGAGUGCAGUUCUAAAACACAGCAGAAUGUGAAAGCUGUUUUUGAUACUGCUAUUAAAGUUGUUCUUCAACCUCCAAGGAGGAAAGAAGCUCCUAGGAAGAAGAAAUGCAGAAAGUCUGGUUGUUCAUUUGUGGGCAUUAUGUGUGGGGGUUGUGUUGCUUAGUUUGGUAUGUUUGAUUUCGGAAAGAAGUUCACUUUCACUAUGUCGCGCAAGCAUUGCCAUUUUGCUGGAAGCUAAUCGAGCUGUUUUCCCAAUCUAAGACGGUUGAUGUGUGCACUUUCGUAUCGGGUUUUUGCACAAGUUUGCGCCAUGUAUUGUAUGUAUCUGUUAUGCGUAGCUGAAUGAAUCAUAAGCUAAUCGGUAAAAUAUUCUGAGGGAAUUGUUCAUUCUCUCUUGAUUUUCCGUUAUUUGUAAUCUUGUUUAGCUUCUCAAUAAGUUUAUUGGUCUCA